AAAAAUCAAAUGAAGUAUUUAGUUCAAGUUAACAAAAAUACAACAUUUUACUAAAUGGAGGCUAUUUCAAGUUCCAAGUGAAAGAGUAAUUAUGUAGAGUAGCUCAGUGUUAUGUAUUUUAUUACUCAUGUAAUAGCACGAGGAACAGAAUAGUUGAUCGAGAUGGAGCCAAUUAGUACUACUUUAUAAACGCCGGAUACUUAUACUUGUCUAAUCUCAUCCUAUGUUAAAUCGUCAAAUAUCAUGUUGUGCAGUGACAGAAAAUGAAAAUACAGCACUUGAUAACAUGAACUUAUUUACUUCCAACAAUUGAUAAUAAGCUAAUUACAAAUCUAUAAAGUCUGUUUUAAUUUCAAAAUUGUCAAAGCUUUUAUUUUGAACGUUUAAACCGGAAGUCUUGAUUCUGGUCCCCCAAAGCACUUUUUUCUCUCCCAUGAGCCACACGCAUGCGCACUUCCUUUAACUACAUCAAACAAUCCUUCGUGGGCAUCUUGCGCUGAUCUGGUGUACGGCAAACAUAUAAUCGACUGAUUCACGGUAGGUGGACAUGCAGUUUGCAAAAAAUAAACAUUAAUUCUCCUCCGUCAACUGUAUUUGUCAAAUACACACACAUAUUUACCAAUAAAAACUGGACUGUCUGAACAAAACCUGCGGGGGUCCUGUUAUUCCAUUGAUUUGCGGUCGAGUAGGACAUUUCCCGUGGUUGUGUUUAACCUCACAACACUCGCACAUUUUUAAUUUCUAAUUCCCUAAAGGUAAUUGACCACGUCAACACCAUGGCGUCCAGUGGAUAUCUCCAGGCGGCGGGGCUCCUGCUGGCGGUGCAGCUCCUGUGUCUCGGUGCAGCUGACGCGGAUCAGGACGCGGGGACUGUCAUCCCUGCCGAAAGUCGCCCGUGUGUGGACUGUCAUGCCUUUGAGUUCAUGCAGAGGGCUCUGCAAGACCUGAAGAAGACGGCCUUCAACCUCGAUGCCAGGACGGAGACGCUGGUGCUGCGGGCCGAGAGGAGGGCUCUGUGUGACUGUAUGCCCACCAGCUCACUGCGCUGACUCCCCCCCCCCCGAUCCAAACCUCUACUCAUUUACGCAAUAGGCACUUUAUUUUACUUUCUCUCAUAUCGCCGUCGAGUGACACUUUGAUUUGGAUCAGAGGGCAUGUUGUUGUUGUUGUUGUUUAGCCUUAUUCGGGGCGACUUUUAUACCACUGAUGUUUUGCAUUGUGAAACACGUCCGAUUGUUUUUCAUCGCCUUGGGAUUCGGGGUCAGUUCUCAUCUGUCUCCUCUUAAGCAUAAACUAUUUUUUUGUACUUUUUAGUAUUUGACUGUAUAACGUAGAUACAGUGGAAUGUGCGAUACAUUUCCUUCGUUGAAUGUGUUGUACGAGAUUAAUGUUUACAACGAUUAUACACAUCAAACUGUAGCAUCACAUGGGAUUUAUUUAACCUCUCGAAAUAUUUCUGUUUUAAACGAUUCAACUGAUUUUCAGGCUGGCUUCUUUUGCACAAAAAAAACACUAAAAAAGGGGGGGUUGGGUAAGUUAUUGAAUAAUAUAUACUUAUUUUCCUUAUGAUAACCGUAACGAUUGUUUUGUAAACAAAUCGGCAGAAAAACAUUUUACCAGAAGUUAAAACAAUAUUUUUUUGUAGGCGUUAAAAAGCAUACUUCUAGAUCUUGAUUUAGCACAGCACUGUAGCAUGAAUUUACAGCACUUUUUGUUCACCUACUGUCAAUGUAGAGUUUAUGUAUCGAUUGUAUGAAUGUACACACGUCUUCUCUGUCUGACGAAGGUGUAUGCAGGAAUAUAGAUGAACAAUAUCAUUAUGGAAGGGGGGGGGGGUGGGGGCAUAGAGAUAGAAAUAAUAAUCGUCCGAUUGUUGCUCGUUCAUGAACACUGUACUUUGUUAACGAUGUCACACGACACCACAUUUAUUGUCUCCAUGUUGUACCUAUCAAUAAAAAUAAUAAAUGAAAAACUG